AGCACUUCCUGUCCCGGCUUCCGCUGAGCGCACGGACGUUGAACUGCUGGGAGGCGAGGCCGCGUUUCGUGGGAAAUGGACAUGGAGUCGACCGAGGAGCCGGUUUCCAGGGAAGCGUUGUCUUUGAGCCAGAGUCUUUUUCUCCCAGCCGAAUCUUAUGGCAACGACCCGGAUAUUGAGAUGGCUUGGGCUAUGAAAGCAAUGCAGCAUGCUGAAGUCUACUACAAGCUGAUUUCAUCAGUUGACCCACAGUCCCUGAAACUCACCAAACUGGAUGAUCAAAUCUAUUCUGAAUUUCGAGAAAACUUUGAGAAGCUCAGGAUAGAUAUAUUGGACCCAGAAGAGCUCAAGUCAGAAUUGGCAAAAGAGAAGUGGAGGCCAUUUUGCAUGAAAUUUGAUGGGCUUGUAGAAGAUUUCAACUAUGGUACAUUAUUGCGACUGGAUUGUUCACAGGGCUACACUGAUGAAAAUACUAUAUUUGCUCCCAGAAUACAGUUUUAUGCAAUUGAAAUUGCUCGCAACCGGGAAGGCUAUAAUAAAGCAGUUUUCAAUGUUCAGGACAAAGAAGAAGAUAAUGGAUCCACUAAAGGAGGAAAGGAAGAUACUCAUGAUGGAGAAGAAGAGAAAGGAACCAACAGAGAUGGGAAAGAACAAAAAGAGGCUGUCAAAGAAGUCAGUGAAAGUGGUGAUACUAUUUUAUAAGGUAGAGAGGAACAGCAGAGUGCUUAUUCCUGCAUGUAUCAUAAUGCUACUUGCACACACAGAUCCUUUUUUUAUAAAUAAAAAUACACGUGUCCGUGAUGAUUAUA